UAUUCUGUCGUUGAGGAAGCUUAUAAUUUCAGCAGCAAAGAUGUCGAGAUCAAAACCAAAGGCUAAGAUGGUUGAGGACUUAAUGAAGAAAACCAAAUAUAAGAAAGAUGUAGUGGAGUGUUUGCUGAAGAUGUUCAGGGUGUAUGACACAAAACUUAAGAAUAUUGAAAAGUUUCGAGUGGAGAAAUCCAAGUUCCGAUAUAUGCUGCAGGCUGUGUUCUGUUUAACAGACGAUAUCUUAAUGGAUAGAGUGUUUAGAGCUUUUGACACUGACAGUGAUGGAAGCAUUUGUGAAGAGGAGUGGGUUAUCGGAUUUUCUGUUUUCUUGUCCAAAGAUGUGGAUGACAGGAAAACGAAAUUUGUUUUUCGUGCCUAUGACUUGAAAGAUGAAGGAUACAUCACUAGAGAAGCCAUGUUUUAUUUCUUAAAGAACUGUCUUGUCAAGACACCUACAGAGGAGGAUCCAGAUGAGGGACCCAAAGAGUUGGUGGAAAUUCUUCUAAAGAUACUGGAUCUCGACAGGGACGGGAGGGUAUCGUAUGAUGAGUUCGCAACGGGUGUGAAAGAGGACCCCAUGCUUCUAGAGUCCCUCGGGCGCUGUUUACCUGAACAACAGUAUGUUGAUCAGUUUUACUCUUUUCUUUCUGGAGAUAAGACACCUUUGACAAAUUCCAGACAGGUAAACAACUGACCUACUCCAGAACCACUACAGAUGUACCAACCUGUUUCUGACUGAAGGACUCGGGAUAACCACAGUUUCAAUAAUUUUUUAACUUAAGGCAACUCCAUCAGUUUCUAUAAUUUUGGUAUAGAAAAGCAUUAUUGGAGACUUUUUUAGUAAUGAUGUUAUAAGCUGUUGAAUAAGCAAAUAUAUUCGUGUGAUUUUGAACAUAGACUUCUUCUUCUAGAAUUGAAAUAUGAGAUUUUGAGGUUACUUAAGAUUAUUGUAAACAGGUACUUUAGCAGUCAAAGGUUAUUAUGCAAUGUAUUUGGAGAAGAGUUAGUCUAUUGCAAAAGCUGAAAUAUGAUUACCACUGAAGCAAGUGUGUUUACAGAAAUUUUAAACUGUAAUUCAAGUCACGCAGUCCGUGAUUUAGUGAUGAUAUUGGUGCCUUUUCAUUUCUUAUAGAUGUAUAUUAUAACCAAACUUAGAUUUAUAUUUUAUAGUUAGAUUUUUUUUUUAUUCAAACAUUUUACAUUGAUAGGAUACAUAUAUGCAGAUUUUUUUUUUAAUUGAUUAUUUAGAUAUUGUGUAAGGCAAUGAUUUUGUGAAAUGUUAUAAUAACAUUUUUAUAUGGGACAAUACAUGAAGUGUUGAAUUUGCCAUUUCAUAACUGUCAGAUAUUUACAUUUGUAGUACAUCGCUACUAUCGUGAUGCAAUUUUGUACAUUUAUCUUACUAAUUUACCUGACCUUACCACAAAAAUCACGAGAAUGAAAUUGCAUCAACGAUAGCACUAUAUUCCGUCUUUGCGUAUUGCAGAGUUAUCUUCUCUUGUGAGCAGGUAUUGAUUGUUACGUCAUUUGUUUGUGA